UUUCACUACUUCUUCCAAUCAAAGUUUUAAUUUAAAUACUGAUAAAAAAUAUAUAUAUAUUAAAAUAUAAUGGCAGGAACUGAACAGGGUUCUCCCGGAAGCUCCAUGCAUGGAGUUUCCGGCAAAGAACAAACCUACGCCUUCUCCGUUUCACAGUCAACUGUCCCAACCGAAAAAACCGCCAAAUUCAAUCUCCCCGUCGAUUCAGAACACAAGGCCACUGUCUUCAAGCUCUUCUCCUUCGCAAAGCCCCACAUGCGUACUUUCCAUCUCUCAUGGAUCUCCUUCUUCACCUGCUUCGUCUCCACCUUCGCCGCCGCCCCUCUCGUCCCGAUUAUCCGGGACAACCUUAACCUGACAAAGAGCGACAUCGGAAACGCCGGCGUCGCCUCCGUCUCCGGCAGCAUCUUCUCCAGGCUGGCCAUGGGCGUCGUCUGCGACCUCCUCGGGCCCAGAUACGGCUGCGCUUUCCUCAUCCUGCUCUCCGCUCCGACGGUUUUCUGCAUGACGUUCGUCUCGUCGGCCGGCGGAUACCUGGCCGUCCGGUUCAUGAUCGGGUUCUCGCUGGCGACGUUUGUCUCGUGCCAGUACUGGAUGAGCACGAUGUUUAAUAGCAAGAUUAUCGGUUUGGUGAACGGGACGGCGGCGGGGUGGGGGAACAUGGGCGGCGGCGCCACCCAGCUGAUCAUGCCGCUUCUUUACGAGAUGAUACGGAAAGCCGGUUCGACGCCGUUCACCGCCUGGAGAAUCGCGUUCUUUAUUCCUGGAUGGCUGCACGUGAUUAUGGGGAUUCUGGUCAUGACUCUCGGCCAAGAUUUGCCCGACGGGAAUCUUGGCACUCUCAAGAAGAAAGGAACUGUUGCUACUGACAAAUUCUCAAAGGUUUUCUGGAACGCGAUAACAAAUUACAGAACAUGGAUCUUCGUCCUCCUCUAUGGUUACUCGAUGGGAGUCGAAUUAACUACGGAUAACGUGGUCGCUGAAUACUUCUACGACAGGUUUGAUCUGAACCUUCACACCGCCGGAACAAUAGCGGCAACAUUCGGAAUGGCGAACAUAGUAGCACGGCCGUUUGGGGGUUUCGCCUCCGACUACGCCGCCAGGAGGUUCGGAAUGAGGGGGCGCCUCUGGGUGCUGUGGACCCUACAAACCCUCGGCGGCGUUUUCUGCAUCAUGCUCGGCCGGGCAAACGUCCUCCCGUUCGCCAUCGCGAUGAUGAUCCUAUUCUCCGUCGGAGCACAGGCGGCGUGUGGGGCCACCUUUGGCAUAAUCCCGUUCAUUUCCAGGAGGUCGCUGGGCAUCAUCUCCGGUAUGACCGGCGCCGGAGGGAACUUCGGGUCGGGGCUGACCCAGCUGGUGUUCUUCGCCGGGUCGCAGUUUUCGACGGCGACGGGUUUGUCUUAUAUGGGGAUAAUGAUAGUGUGCUGUACUUUUCCGGUGACGGCGGUUUACUUUCCGCAGUGGGGGGGAAUGUUUUGUGGGCCGUCAAAAGACGGCGUUAAAGGAACGGAGGAGGAUUAUUACGGGAAGGAGUGGAAUGAAGAGGAGAAGAAGAAGGGGAUGCAUGCGAGCAGUCUUAAGUUCGCCGAGAAUAGCAGAUCGGAGCGGGGAAGAAGGAUUUCUCCGGCGCCGGUUUCACUUGAUUAUUCUACCCCUAAUCAUGUUUAAAAUAAUUAAUGUCUUAACAACGUGAAAAUUAUAUCAUGUGUUGUUGUUGUUGUUGUAAUAAGUGAUUUAUGUUUUAUUUGAUUAGAGUGUAUUAAAUUAUAAAAUGAGUACCGAUCAUGUGUUUAGUCUAGAAAUUCAGUUCUACCAAUAUGGCAAUAUGUAAUAUGUUUAAUGAAUUCGAUUGUUGGGGAUUUAUUAAAAAAAA